AUGACGGACCAAACAAGAAUCCAUCACGACGUAGUAAGCCGAGACACAGAACAUCCAAAGGGGAUGCAGAUGGUUAAGGCAGCAACCGCGGUCACAGCCGGUGGCUCCCUCCUUGUCCUCUCCGGCUUAACCCUUGCCGGAACAGUGAUCGCACUCACCAUAGCCACUCCUCUUCUUGUCAUCUUCAGCCCCAUCUUGGUCCCGGCAGUUAUCACCGUGGUUCUCAUCAUCACUGGAUUCCUAGCCUCCGGUGGCUUUGGCAUAGCCGCCAUUACCGCCUUCUCUUGGCUCUACAGGCAUGUGACGGGAUCUGGAUCUGAUCAGAGGAUAGAGAGUGCUCGAAUGAAGGUGGGGAGCAGAGGGCUGGAUACUAAGUAUGGGCAGCCCAACAAUGUAUUUCAUCACGAACAACAACAAAAGCAAAAACAAACUUCUUAA